CGUAUUCUAACAAUUAAAUAACAAAUUAAACCAUUGUGUGUCCGAAACUUUACAGGCCAUUCUUUCAUUUGAAUUCGUGUGUUUGUGUAUUAAAGGGGUUAAAUUAAACCGGCAUGAUCGUUUGGACCAAACUAUUAAUAAGAAUUUCAUUCUGGCAUCUCAGGCGCCCGAGCUGUACCCCAUUACAGGUUUGGGCUCGAGCCAAAAUACUCGCGCAUGGCAGCUGGGCGCAUGCGCUAUAGAGCGCACCAGGCUCUGCUCAGUAGUCGGUGAAAGGAGGGGGUGCGGGUGCCGCUGCUGCGUGAGCUUGGACUCUUAAUAAUGAAGUGCUGCUACGGCGUGCGAAAGUGCGCGAGCUAACUUAAGUGCUGAAAAUAAAAAUAAAAAACGACCUCGCAGUGGAGAGCGGCCAUUGCAUCUGUAAAGAAAACGGCAAUUAUUCGCUCGGUGCUGGGGCACUUCGGGCUUUUGGGCGGGUAGUUUAUCAGUCUUUUCAGAGUUUGUUGUGGUCACUUCAGUUUGUCGGUUCGUCAGUUGAUCCAACCGACGGAUGAAUAUCUGCAGCGCGAGCCUUUGCACGAAUAAGUCUACAGAGUGACGGCGCGCUCACGGGCGAGACGAGGACUGUUCUGGACUUUUUUCCGGAUCGUCUGUUUAAAAAGUAUUGCCACACGGAAAUGCAAUAAAUUGAAUGUGGAAACAAGCUGGGAAUUCUUCGGAGGUACAACAAUUCUUUCAUACCAAGGGCCUUUCUGGGUUGAAGCUGAGGAGUGGUCAGGACUACAGAACAAAUGGAGAACACACAGGAUCUGAACGACCAGACGGUGAAGAAGCCCCACUGUGACCCGCAAGUUCCGGAGCCUUCAGAUAGCAGGUCUAUGGAAAUGCAGGACUUAGCCAGUCCUCAGAAUCGCGUUGCCACUGACGACACCUCCAGCAGUAAACUGGACAAAAGCAACCUGAGCAACAGCAUCUCAGCCAACGGUACCGGAGGUGAGAACAUGACCAUUCUAAACACAGCCGAUUGGCUGUUGGGCUGCAGCUCCUCCCCCACACCACCAAGUACAAAGGACUAUGGUACACCGCACGAUAUUAAGACCGAGCCUCUGAAUAACAGUGACACUGUCACCACUACAGGAGACACAGGGCUGGACACCUAUGCUGGCUCAGUUAUAACCAGCAGCGGAUACAGCCCACGGUCAGCACACCAGUACUCGCCCUCAGUGUACCCCUCAAAGCCAUACCCCCAUAUUCUGUCAACUCCUGCGGCUCCAUCCAUGUCGGCAUAUGCUGGCCAAUCACAGUUUGGCGGCAUGCAGCAGUCAACCGUGUAUACUGCCUACUCCCAAAGCACACAGCCCUAUGGCCUGUCUUCAUACGAUUUAGGGGUGAUGCUGCCAGGGAUAAAGACAGAGGGAGGCCUCGCCCAAUCACAGUCCAAUCUCCAGUCCAGCCUGAGCUACAGUCCUGGCUUCACCACUCCCCAGCCCGGACAGACAGCCUACUCGCCCUAUCAGAUGCCUGGGUCCAGUUUCACUCCAUCCUCUGGUCUCUAUACCUCCAAUAACUCAGUGUCCAACCCAGCCAACUUCAAUACGCAACAGGAGUAUCCGUCCUAUACGACGUUUGGCCAGAAUCAGUAUGCGCAGUAUUACUCCGCCUCCUCUUAUGGCUCCUACAUGACGUCUAACAGCGCAGUGGACGGCACUGGCUCCGUCUCCACCUAUCAGCUGCAAGAUCCCGCCCCUGUCAUGACGGGGCAGGCCGCUGAACUCCACCCUGGGGAUUUUGAAACGGUGCAGAGGCCGGCCACCCCCAUUAAAGAGCUGGAUGACCGGGGGCGGGCUGCCGGGGGCAAAGCCAGGGGUCGGGGCAGGAAGAACAACCCCUCACCCCCACCUGACAGCGACCUGGAGCGAGUGUUCGUGUGGGAUCUGGAUGAGACCAUCAUCGUGUUCCACUCACUCCUCACGGGAUCUUACGCGCAGAAAUAUGGCAAGGACCCUCCUAUGGCUGUAACACUGGGUUUGCGGAUGGAGGAGAUGAUCUUCAACCUGGCCGACACUCAUCUGUUCUUCAAUGACCUCGAGGAAUGUGAUCAGGUUCACAUUGAUGACGUGUCGUCAGAUGACAAUGGACAGGACCUCGGUACUUACAGUUUUGCAACUGAUGGCUUCCAUGCAGCUGCAACCAGCGCAAGCCUCUGCCUAGCGACGGGCGUUAGGGGCGGAGUUGACUGGAUGAGGAAGCUGGCUUUCCGUUACCGGCGAGUAAAGGAGUUGUAUACCACAUACAAAAACAAUGUUGGCGGUCUGCUGGGACCGGCCAAACGGGACGCAUGGCUGCAACUGAGGGCAGAGGUGGAGGCUCUCACAGACUCCUGGCUCACCAACGCGCUCAAGUCCCUGUCAAUCAUCAGCUCGAGAAGUAACUGUGUAAAUGUAAUGGUGACCACGACACAGCUGAUUCCAGCCCUGGCUAAAGUGCUGCUGUACAGCCUAGGAUCUGCCUUUCCCGUUGAGAACAUCUACAGCGCAACUAAAAUAGGCAAAGAGAGUUGCUUUGAGCGCGUAAUGCAAAGGUUUGGCAGAAAAGUAGUGUAUGUUGUAGUUGGCGAUGGGGUGGAAGAGGAGCAGGCGGCCAAAAAGGUAAAACAUCCCACUUCCCCCCCCCCGGGACGGCCCGGAAGUGAAAAAACAAAAACUCGCUGUGUGACUCAAGAGUGGACUUCCUGCUUGUCCCUGAGCUAGUGUGCUAGAUGUUUAUUUUUCAAUUCCUCUCUCUUUCUUUAAAAAAAAAAAAAAUGUCUUUCUCAACCUGCAUCUUUGCUGUAUGUUUCAUGGUAUUUGAAAAAGUAGAGGCUUUAUUUUAGAAAAUCAAUACAGACCUUGUGGGCAUUAUAAAAAAAAGACACAUGAAGUCAGUCAUAUCUUUUGAUGUUGUAAAAGUAGAACAUAAUAAGAUUUAAGUUGACAGUUUGUCUGUCUGUCUACAUGAUCUGUAUUGAGUCUUUACUGAGCUUGAAAGUGCACUUUGAUUUCUGCGUUUCAGCAAGAGUUCUGUGCCUCAACAGGGACUGAUUUGUAUACAAAGUGUGUGCAGUGUUCUUUGCUUUUCCUGUCACUGUAUACAAACAAACAAAGAAACAAAUCAAGAUAUCUUGAUGUGUGUGCUUCUCUCUCUCUCUGUUCAAUACAAAUGACUCUUUUCUUAAUGUUAGUUAAAGAAUCGUUUGUCUGUAGGACUGCAUGUUUGUAGGUAAGAAUGCUAGAGUUAGCCUAGCUUGCAUGGUGUUGCAGUGUGUGGGGCUUUGAGAUUUUCUGGUUUUGUGUUUCAGAUUAUCUGUGUGUAUAUGCAUUACCAAAUACGCAGAGACACACACACACACACGCACACUAUCAGUAGAAAACACAAUUUGCUCUUGCAUCAUGGGUAGGAUCUCAUGCAUCUUUCUCAGGCUAUGGAGAAUAAACAUUCUACUCAUUCUUUUCAUUGUAAUACUUUCAAUCUUGUACGAUAAGUAUGUCACUGAUCACGUAAACCUAAUAUUAUCAUUCAAACUACAAAUAAUAUCAAGAACCACACUGAAUCCUACUGUUCUGACCCAAGUAAACACACCCUUGGCAGUAACUGACUUACCCAGAGAUGCAUUUCCCCAAAGUAUCGUUCUGCAACAAUAAAGAUCAUUAGUUCUGCAACAACCAUCGUUAAAUAAUAGAGAUCAUUAAUUCUGCAACAACUGUAGUUAAAUAAUACAGAUCAUUAGUUUUGCAACAACUGUCAUUAAAUAAUGGAAAUCAUUAGUUUUGUAACAACUGUCGUUAAACUGUCGUUUUAAAUGCUCUUUCUCCAUUAAUCAAAGUUGUUGGACGCUUGUGAAGCUUUUGGGAAAUGCACUCCUCGGAAAGCGGUGCUUUGUAUAUGUUGAGCUUGACCUUUGACUCUCUCCGUCACAGCACAACAUGCCCUUCUGGAGGAUAUCGAGCCACUCGGACCUGUUGGCCCUACAUCAAGCACUGGAAUACGAAUACCUGUAAAAAAAAAAAAACUAAACUAAACUGCAGAACUGUACCUACCACCAUUUUUUUGUUGUUGUUUCUUGUUUCUUUUUUCUUUUUUUGUACAUCUAUUUAAGGAGCUACGUUACACUGCUAUUUUUUGUUUCAUUUUGUCUUUUGUCUUUUUUAAAAGAAAAAAAUCUGUUGCUUAAGAAAUAAAUAACUGAACUGUCUUAAGAAGACGAGGAUGGCGAGAGGGAAUGUUGAUGUUUUUGUUUUUGUGAAACUAUACAAGGUCUUACUGUAAGCCGCGAAAAUGUUUUUUUUUUUUUUUUGUUGUUGUUUUAACUUUUCCUAGCUAAAGUGAGGUGGGACAGUGGAGAAACGAAAAUUAAGAGAUUCUCCUUCCCCUCGUGGAGGACCUAAUCCUUUAUGCAAAAGACUUAAACUGUAACCAUAACAACCCUCCUCCCCAUCCUUCCUGCUUCCAUAGCAACAACCUGCACUCUGAGUGACUAUCUAGUGUACACCCCAUAACCCAUGUAAAUUAUUUUACAGUUAAUAGUUUUAACACGGACAUAUAUGUUGUUUGAUAUUGGAAAGGGUUUUGUUGUCUCUUUGUUUUUGUAAGUUUUUGGCAAAGAAGAAUGUGCAUAAUGAUUUGUUGUGCCUUAUAUAAAAAAAAGAUGUGUUUGUGUGUUUCAAUGUAAUUUUUGUUUAUUUUAAAUAUGUAUGUAGAUAAAUUACAAACGUUAAAAAAAAUGAAUGGGGUCCUUCCAGAUUAUUCACUAACACCCACUGAAUGGUUUUGAAUGUAACACACACCCCUUUCUAAUUUAUGACAUUAGCCUGGUAAUGUAAACACUGGAAGCUAUUGAGAAUAUUCAUGGUAUGGAUCACAUACAUCAAACCCUAAAUAGUCAAGUGUCCAAAGUAAUCAGUAAUCAAAUUAUUCAUGUUAAUUAUUGCCAUUUACGUGUGUG